AGUGAGAGCUAGAGUUAUACUUGGUUUGUGUCUUGUCUUGUGUGGCGUGGUAUACGGAGCGUGUUUUUUAAGCAAUGCUUUGAGUCAUCGUAAGAACCAAAGCCACCAACAUCCAAGACCAAACAUCAACAAUUGAGUUUGUUUAAACUCCAUCAUCGAUACUAGUCGUGUUUUUUUUUACCUUGGGCCCUGUUGACGAGCUGGGCCCUCAAAAUUUAUCACAAUUAAAAUUGCUCCAAUAUUUUCAGCUAUCAAAAGCUUAUAUUUUUUAAAACAAUAAUAUUAAUUUAAUUAAAUUAAUUUGAAGAACGUUCAAUCAACAUUACUAUCUGUAACAAUAACUUUUUUCGUUUUUUUCUUUCAAAUCAUCAUCAGUGUGCCCAGUCAAUAUAAUUUUAUUACAAUAAUAGUGACGAAACAACAAAUACAUAGUCUAAAGAUAUUAUUUAAAUAAUUAUUUACUCUUGUUACAGAGAGAUAAAUAAAUAAUAAAAAAAAAAACGUAACAAAAUGAAGAAAAUUGUACGUUUAAAGUGACGUGAUUUUUAAAUUAUCGUUGAUUUGUGCUGUGCUGGAAAUAAGUGAUGAGGAAUUUUAUUUGAAAUAAAAAAAAAAAAAUUAAAAAAGUGUGUUUUUCUUUAGGCCACAAAAUCAUUGUAAUAUGUUGAUAAUUAUUAAAUGAAAAAAUUGAAUUAUUAAAAUUACAAGAAAAACAAAAAGAAAUUUUAAAAAAUUUAUCACAAAAAAUUGGAUGAAAAUAUUUGUUUAGGUAAAUUAUUUUUACAAUGAGGGCUUUGAUAAAAUGUCAUUGGUAUAUAAUGAUAAUAUUACUGUGUUUGGAUUUGAUAAAUUGUUUAUCAUUAUCAUCAUCAUCACAUCCAGUAAAUCGUACAAAAAUAAAUAGCAGAAGAAAAAGAUAUGUGAGAUUUCCAUCAGCAUCAACUGGUUUUAUUUAUGAUGGAUUAGUACAAUCACAAAAUUCAAGAAGUAUUUAUGCAUCACCAAGAUUUUCACCAGUAUGGAGACAACAAAAAUCAUUUCGUUGGAGUCCACCAGGACCACCAACUGGUCCAUCAGUACCAAUAAUGGCACACAGAACACCACGUUUAAUAUUUCGUGAUGAUUAUCCAACUUUACCAGCAAGUGGUCCACCAAGUGGUCCAGCAAAUUUAUUCUUUCAAUCAAAUCAACUAUCACUGGAUAUUGAUGAAGAUUCACGAGAUUACCGGAAACAAACAUUUAAUAGUGACUACCCCAAGAUCGAGACAGAAAAAUCGCGGAAAGAAAAAAAACCAUUAUGGGAAGGUGAUGAUUCAUUAUGCGGUGAUGGAAGAAGCUGUGAAUUUUUUCUAAAAUGCUGGAUGUCUGCUGGAUUAUUGGAUGGGCCUUGUGGUGGUAUUAUGUACGCAUGUUGCGCACGUAAAGACUCUAAAGAUUUGACUGAUUUAAAUGUCAUUGAUACGUCGAAAGAACAAUAUAAUCAUCUACUUGAUACGGAUACAUUUACGGAUACUCCAAUCAACGAGCAGUGUGGAAUAUCAUCAACAAAACAAACAGCACAAAGACGAAUUGUCGGUGGUGAUGAUGCUGGUUUUGGAAGUUUUCCUUGGCAGGCUUAUAUUAGAAUUGGUUCGAGUAGAUGUGGAGGAACACUUGUUAAUCGUUUUCAUGUUGUGACUGCUGGCCACUGUGUUGCCAAAGCAUCAGCAAGACAAGUACAAGUAACACUUGGUGAUUAUGCUGUUAAUUCAGCAACGGAAAAUUUACCAGCUUAUACAUUUGGAGUUAGAGAAAUUCGUGUUCAUCCUUAUUUUAAAUUUACACCACAAGCAGACAGAUUUGACGUGGCAGUUUUGAAACUCGACAGACCAGUUCAUUACAUGUCUCACAUAUCACCAAUAUGUUUACCAGAUAGAAAUGAAGAUUUUCUUGGUCAAUAUGGUUGGGCUGCUGGUUGGGGAGCUCUUCAAGCCGGAUCAAGAUUGAGACCAAAAACUCUACAGUCGGUUGAUGUGCCUGUUAUUGACAAUAGAGUUUGUGAAAGAUGGCACAGAUCAAAUGGCAUUAAUGUUGUUAUUUAUGAUGAAAUGAUGUGUGCUGGAUAUCGAGGAGGAGGCAAAGACUCUUGUCAAGGUGAUAGUGGAGGUCCAUUGAUGCUAGAAAAAACUGGUAGAUGGUAUUUAAUUGGUAUCGUAUCAGCUGGAUACAGCUGUGCUCAACCAGGUCAACCUGGUAUUUAUCAUCGUGUUGCUAAAACUGUUGACUGGAUAACCUACGUCAUUAAUUCAUAAAAAUAACAACAACUUGUUGGCCAAGAAAUAAUUAAUUGUAACAAAAAAUAACCCAGUUUAUAUAAGACAGAGAAAACAAAGAUAUGUAUAAUUUUUUUAAAUGUCUGAUAAUGAUGAAGAAGAUGACAACGUUGAUGUUAAUGAAGAAGAAAACAAAAAGAAAUUAUUUAUUGUAAAAUCGAAAAAGAAAAAAAAAAAAUAUUUAAUUUUUCACCGAUUAGAUGUUGGUGUUAUAUGUA